AUGGGUCUUCCGCAUCUUUUCUCUCGUCACAAAUCAUCCUCACAUUCCAAAUCCAAGCCAACCAAGACUUCCUCUUCCUCUUCCUCUUCUUCUUCCUCCUCCUCCUCUUCUUCUCCUUCCCCCAAUUCUCCUUUGUCCACCUCUUCUUCCUUUUCCUCCUUCCCGUCCUCCUCUGCGGCGACGUCCACCCGAUCCACUCCCCUCUCGACCCCCGCCUCGUCUCCUCCCCCUCCUCCGCCGGUGGCGACCAAAUCUUUUCCCACUCCCCCUCCUCCUCCUUCUUCAACUUCUCAUUCCACUCGACCUCCUCCUCCUCCUCUUCGGGCAAAGACGGUUCACUCGUCCUCUUCCUCGCGACACACAUCUUCCCCAGCGUCGUCGCAUCCCGUCUCAUCCACACGUACAGCGCAGUCGUCGUCGGUGCCAGCCCCGACUCAGCACCCUUCCAUUCCGCGCAAGCCCACCACUUCCCGUUCGACUCACCACAGUCGCUCUUCCUCCACCCCCUCCAAGUCGACCUCCGCUCGAGCCAAGUCAGUCUCUGGUCCUCGUGCGUCGCUGUCUGCCGUCCGGCAUCGAUACACCCACGACCCUAAUUUCCACCCGCUCAAUCUUCACCCCGACGAACUCCGUCAACUCUCCGCAAUGGCUGCUGCUCGCGAAGAAUCCCGUACUCCCAUGGAUGUCGACACCAAUGGCGUCAAUGGCAAGCCAGAACGAACCCCCACGCCGCCUCCGCACAAGUCCAACGGCGAUACGGCCGAGGCCGAUAAUUUCAAGCUGGCCGGUAACAAAUUCUUCAAGGAUGGGAACUACACGCGAGCGAUUGAGGAAUUCAACAAGGCCCUGGAGAUCAGCCCUAACUCGUCCGUCUAUCUGUCCAACCGCGCGGCCGCCUACAUGGCCGCUAAUCAGUACCUAGCCGCUCUGGAGGACUGUGAGCGCGCCCGCGAGCUCGACCCUACUAACACCAAGCUGAUGUACCGUCACGCCCGCAUUCUGGUCAGCCUGGGUCGUCCGACGGAAGCCCUCGAGGUGCUCUCCCGCGUCGAGCCCCCCGCUUCCGCUACCGACAAGGCUCCCGCCGAGAAGAUGCUCCGGUUCGUGAAGCAGGCCGAGGAGGCUUUGGCGGAGGACCGUGGGGUGUCAAUGGUGCUGUUCUGCUUGGACCAGGCGCGUCAGAUGCUCGGCCAGGGUGUCAAGGAGCCCCGCAAGUGGACGUUGAUGACGGCCGAGGCGCAUUUGCGUAUGGGUAAUGACAACUCGUUUGGCAAGGCCCAGGAUAUUGCCAUUGGCAUGUUGCGCGAUAACAGCCAGGAUCCUGACGCGAUGCUGAUCCGCGCCCGCGCGUUCUACGGCAUGGGCGACACCGAUCAGGCCUUGAAGCUGCUCAAGAUGUGCUUGGGCCUCGAUCCCGACAUGAAGGCUGCCAUCAAGAUGCUGCGCACGGUGCAGAAGUUGACGCGCACCAAGGAAGAGGGUAACACGGCCUUCAAGGCCAAGGAUUACCGCAAGGCCAUCGAGCUGUGGUCGGAGGCGGUUCAGGUCGACCCCAAGAACAAGGAUCAGAACGCCAAGAUCCUGCAAAACCGCGCCCAGGCUUACAUCAACCUGAAGGAAUACGACAAUGCAGUCAACGACUGCACGGAGGCUCUCCGCUUGGACCCCAGCUACGUUAAGGCGCAGAAGAUCCGUGCCAAGGCCCACGGCGGCGCUGGCAACUGGGAAGAAGCGGUGCGCGACUACAAAGCCGUGGCCGAGACGAACCCCAUGGAGAAGGGUAUUCAGGAGGAGAUCCGCAAGGCCGAGUUCGAAUUGAAGAAGGCACAGCGCAAGGACUACUACAAGAUCCUCGGGGUGUCCAAGGAUGCCUCCGAGCAGGAGAUCAAGAAGGCCUACCGCAAGAUGGCCAUUCAAUACCACCCGGAUAAGAACCGUGAUGACCCCACGGGCGAGGAGAAGUUUAAGGAGAUUGGCGAGGCUUAUGAGACUCUGAUUGACCCUCAGAAGCGCGCCUCUUACGACAACGGUGACGAUCUCAUUGACCCGUCUGACAUGUUCGCUCGUGGCGGCAUGGGAGGCAUGCACGGCUUCGGAGGCAUGGGAGGCAUGGGCGGUAUGGGCGGCAUGGGAGGUAUGGGCGGUACCCAUAUCAACAUUGACCCCAGCGUGCUCUUCAACAUGAUGAACGGUGGUGGUGGCUUCGCUCAGGCCGGUGGCCAGCGCGGAGGUGGAUUCCCUGGAGGAUUCCCCUUUUAA